AUGGCGGCAGCCAUCGCCAGCUCCCUGAUCCGCCAGAAGAGACAAGCGAGGGAGCGGGAGAAGUCCAACGCCUGCAAGUGUGUCAACAGCCCCAGCAAGUCCAAGACCAGCUGCGCCGACAAGAAGAAGCUCAGCGUCUUCUCCCGGGUCAAGCUCUUCGGCUCCAAGAAGCGGCGGAGGAGGAAACCAGAACCACAGCUGAAAGGCAUCAUCACAAAACUUUACAGCCGGCAAGGAUAUCAUUUGCAGUUGCAAGCAGAUGGAACCAUUGACGGAACGAAAGAGGAAGAAAGCACAUAUACUUUGUUUAACCUCAUCCCUGUGGGCUUACGAGUGGUGGCUAUCCAAGGGGUUCAGACAAAGCUGUAUUUAGCGAUGAACAGCGAAGGCUACUUGUACACAUCAGAACACUUCACGCCAGAAUGCAAGUUCAAAGAAUCCGUUUUUGAAAAUUAUUACGUCACGUAUUCUUCCAUGAUCUACCGGCAGAUGCAGUCAGGGAGAGGCUGGUACUUGGGUCUCAACAAAGAAGGCGAAGUCAUGAAAGGGAAUCACGUGAAGAAAAACAAACCCGCUGCUCACUUCCUCCCCAAACCGCUCAAAGUGGCCAUGUACAAAGAACCCUCCCUCCACGACCUUACCGAAUUCUCACGGUCUGGCAGUGGCACCCCAACGAAAAGCAGAAGCGUCUCCGGAGCUUUGAACGGCGGCAAAUCUAUGAGCCAGAACGAAUCGACGUAGCCAGGACGGAAAAGCUAGAGGAGAGAAGAAGCAUCCGUGGGAACUUUUACCUCUAGAUCCGUUGUGGAGCCCUGGUUUUUGCACCUACCGUUCAGCCCUUCCCGACAAGCCAACAAACUGGGAUAGCUCUCUUGGCCUUUUAUCCGCGACUUUGGACUUUCCGGAGGUCCCCAAAUAACCGUAAAUGAUUCGUGUCAAAGGAAAGAUUCCCCCCCC